ACCUUGGAAGUCAACAUAGUUCAGCUUCUGCUUACAGCUUAAUCCGCCAAUUAGGUUCUCUCCCACAUUUUCCCUUUAUCCCACUCCUCCUUUUUCUUCAUUAUCUUUUCACUCGAUUCUCAUAGUAUAACUCUACCUUUUCUCCGUGCAACUUCUAAUACAAAAUUAAUGCUUUGUGUAGUAAUUUUACUGCAUUAAAUAAACGCCAGUUACGCCACUCCAGAGAAUCCCAACAGACAAAACCCAUUACGCAAAGUCAAGGCCCACCACUUAUCUUCUCUGAGAGACGGAGCGAUUCGGAGGUGAAACGGAGCCGAUAUCGCCACUCCCUUUUUCUGGGAAUUACGGGCUUGAAGGGGAAAACACAACAUGGUUGGUAUUUUCUCGAGGUUUUCCGUUGGUAGGGCUGGCCACCGGCGAACUCAGAGUUCUCUGGAGGAAAGAGAAGUAUUGCCCUCAAAUUCAGAGGUUACAUCUACUGCAGGUACUGCUGUUGCCUCUGCUCAUGGGAUUGAAGUAGCAGCGGAGUUUAAGCCGGUUGAACAUCCGGUUGAGCCUUUGGACAAUGAUCGACCAAUCCAAUGCCCACUUCCUGAACCUUCAAUUCUAAAUGAUGGAAGAUUAUGGAAGGAGCGAGUAUCAGCCCAGAGAAUGAGAAGCGAUUUACCAGUUGUGAAGGAUGUGGGCGCCCUUGAAUCUGAAGUUGCUAGGCCAAAACAACGGCAGACCCAAUUAAACCGCAUGAUCUUACCAUCUCUAAGUGCCCCAGAACAUAAAUUAUUAAAUCUACUCGAGGAAUGUAAUGCAUCUGAGAUCUAAAAUCUGAUAUCUGCUCUCAUUUGGAAUUCUACUUGGCAUAAAUUUACAGAUAUAAGGUUUAAUGUCAUAUUAUAUUCCUAUUUCCAUAUUUAGUUGAGCAUUCAUGUUUCCCUCUUACAAUAUGUAUAUCCAAUAAAUCACAUUGAAGUUGCAAUGUACGUUUUGUAUGAAUUUUCAAUAUAUACAGCUAAUGAAGUUUUCCCAAUGUAGCCCAACUGGGCCAUGGUUAUACUAACAUUUACAUGUUGCUUUCUGUUUAAACAAAUGUCAGCUCCUCCUCUCCCUUUUGAGAGAGCGUGUCUUGCCAGCAAGGUACCGAGAAACUGGUCUUUUUCAUAAUGGAUAUGGUGCUUUGAGUUCCUCCCAAGCCAUCCCAUUUCCACACCACAGGUCUCCAGGCACAGAAAGCUCACCUUGCUGGUGUUCAAUAAUUUUUACAAUUUUUU